AUGAAGCUCUCCGCCGUUCUUGCUCUUUCUUCCACUGUCCGCGCUCAGGACCUUGACCUUGCCGAUCUCCUCGAAGGCCUCGAAGGCAUCGACCUCGGCGAUUAUGGACUAACCCCUGACAUGUUCGCGGAGUCUGUGGCAGAUUCAGCAACGGAUGACCAACUCGGAGAAGCUGCCCUUGACUCGGCUUUAGCUGCUUCAGCGGCCGCAGCUGAGCUCACUGGGGAGAGAUAUUUCGGAGUGGUCCAAGCCACCACGACUCAAACGACCCCGUCGACGACGACUAGCACCACGUACCAGAAGACGGGUUGUUUCAAGUGCGAUCAGAUGACCAUGGCUGAAUGCGCAGCGCUUGGGCAGUUCCAAUAUUGCGAAGGUGAAGCCUCCAUGUGUUUUAUUGAACUGAGAGAGGUCAACCAGCAAGUCAACCAGCUCUGCACCGGCUGCAAGAACUCCCAAGCCUGCCACGACCUCCAGCAGCAAAACUUCCUCGGCGGUCAGUACCACACCGACCAGUGCCGACCUCAUUACAUCGAGCAACGGCCGAGCAUUCGCUCCCCACGAGGCCAGUCCACCUGCCGCCAGUGCUUCAAGCAGUGCGAAUUCAACGAAAACACUGGGGUAUCUGAUGGCAUGUGCUUCAUGGGACACGAUUCUCAGUUCGCCGAUGCGGGCACCAACACCUUUGAUUCUGGAGCCACCGAUGCUAAUAACGCCGCGUUCUUUGGAAAUCGAUUGAUUCGAUACGAUCAAGCCACCAUCGCCAACAACUUCCUUACGAACACGGCUCAUCCCCUCUACGGCUACACCGGAGGUGCCAGCACCGUUGGUUUCGGAAUUCCAACCGGUGCGAUCGUCGAAAGCGGCCACGCAGGAGCUACUUCCAUCCCCGGAAAUGCUGCUGAUACUGUUUGGAACUUGUACUUUGCCUCUGGAGCCGAUGGUGGAAACACUGGCAAAACAUAUCCAGCAGCCAUCACCGCCUCUGCUCAAGGACAAGAGCAGCGACGAAUGGCGUACUGGGGCGUUUUGGGAGCCACGCGAGCUUGGUGGGCGUCUGAUCUUGUCGCUAUUCAGAACAGCGUUGCUGCCGCUCCUGCUGGAGACAAGACCACCAUCAUCGCUGUUGUCUAA